AUGGCCACACUCAACCUCGUCGAUGCCUCAAUCGAAGAACUCCAAGAUGCACUGCAGUCCGGCUCCUUGACCAGCGUCGACCUAGUCGCGCGGUAUCUCGCACGAAUUAGCACCUAUGACUGCCGCGGCCUUGCUCUAAACUCCCUCCCCAUACUCAACAACGACAUCUUCGAGGAAGCUGCCCAGUCUGACGACAGGCGUGCUUCAGGCACCCCCGUUGGCGCCCUUGAGGGCAUCCCCUUUACAGUCAAGGAUAGCUACAAAGUCAAAGGCAUGACAGCUGCCGCAGGGUCUCCGGCUUUCAAAGACCUCAUCGCCAACGAAGAUGCCUUUCUUGUUCAGAUCAUCCGGAAGGCGGGUGGUGUUUUAGUCGGCCGUACCAAUAUGCCGGCUGUAGCAUGCGGCGGUAUGCAGAGAGGUAUCUACGGCCGGGCUGAGAAUCCUUACAACCCAGAAUAUCUAGCCGCGGCUUUUGCUUCGGGAUCGUCCAACGGUUCUGCCGUCUCUGUGGCUGCUUCCUUUGCGGCAUUUGGUAUGGGUGGUGAGACCGUCUCGUCAGGUAGAUCGCCCGCGUCCAACAAUGCCCUCGUUGCUUAUACACCGUCGAGAGGCUUCUUAUCUAUCCGGGGUACAUGGCCUCUAUAUCCGGCUUGCGAUGUUCCUGUGCCUCACACGAGGACCAUGAGGGAUCUGCUCUACUUGCUUGAUGUUAUUGCGGCUGUUGAUCCCGUGGCCGAGGGUGACUUUUGGCGCGAGCAGACUAUCAUCGAAGUUCAGAAGCCCUGGCUGGACAAACCGAGCAGUUUCAAGGAGAUCUCAGCGUUCAAGUCCCUGGCCGGCCUUCGAAUUGCAGUCCCUGAGAUCUUCCUAGGAGGUCCUCCACCAGCAGGGGCACGACCGGUGGAUGUGAGCCCAGAAACCAUCAAGCUCUGGGACCAAGCUAGGAAAGAUCUCGAAGGCCUAGGGGCCGAGAUGGUUCCUGUUGCAGACUUUCCAGCCAUGACGGCGUACGAAAACGAUCAUCUACUCCCCAAUGACUGCCCCAGACGGCCUAAGGGGUGGAACGCGAUGGAGAGAAGCGCCAUGAUUUCUCACGCUUGGAACGACUUCAUAAAGGGGUUCAAGAACGAUACGAUUUCUGACCUUUCUUCUAUCGAUCCGUUGACCAUCUACCCAGACUAUCUACGGACAGCGCCAGAGAUGAAGUACUUUGAGCACGCCAACGCAAUCCAGUAUCACAAACUAGUCGAAUACACCAAGAGCACCACCUUCUGGGAGAUUCCAGGUCUAACAGAAGCUGUUAUAGCUCUGGAAGGCAUGCGCAAACACCUCCUGGAAGACUGGCUGACAGUGCUCGGCUGUGACUGCGUCGUCUUCCCGGCAGCCGGUGAUGUAGGGCCCGCAGACGCAGACUCGAGCUUUGAGGGCGCGAAGCUGGCGUGGCGGAAUGGGGUCUACUAUAGCAAUGGAAACCGGGCGAUGAGGCACCUUGGGAUACCCUCGGUCUCGGUUCCCAUGGGUGUCAUGCCGGAAAAGGGCGUGCCUAUGAACCUCACCUUUGCUGGUCGAGCCUAUGACGAUGUCAAGCUGCUCAAGUGGGCCAAUGCCUUUGAGGCUGCGACGAGACAUCGUGUUGCUCCUCGACACACGCCUGCUCUUGACUCUGACACUAUCUUGCUGUUGAUUGAGGAUCGAAACUCUUGA